AAAUUGUCACCGUCUGAACUUCACCAUCGCCCAUGUCAUAGGGCACGCGCACCGCCAGGGAGAGUCAUGGCGCCAUCAUCGCUCGCCGCGCAGUUGGCGCAGAUUGCCGUCAACUCGAAAAGCACACUCAACGUGAAGGCGCAAAAGGCCGCGCACGCGAAGUCCCUGAUUUUUGAGCCCAAAGUCGCCGCGGGUCAGAGUUACCAGACCGUCUACGAUAUCUGCCACGAGGGAUUCGAAGAGCUAUGCCGCCUCGAUGCUCGUUUUCUUCCGUACGGACAGACGCUAUUUAGCGAGCAAAGCCAGGAUGAGGACCGCACGCAGAUGACCGCUGCCGAGAAUGCCGAGUUGCACAAGGCCACCGAGGCCUUCCUGCGCCUGGUCGGCGGGAAGCUGAGGCUCAUGCCCGCAGUCAAAGCUGUAGAGUGGCUUAUACGAAGAUUCAGAAUACACGAAUACGUCACAUCCUCCCUCAUAACGGCGUUCCUACCGUACCACUCUGCGCCGCUCUUCGUCACACUCAUGUCUAUCCUCCCCACCAAAUUGCCCAACCAGUACAGGUUCCUCGACCCAUACGUUCGAUCCUUGACAGCGCCGCCAAGGGCUAUUCUGGUCCAACAAACAACACAUCAUUUCGAGCUCUUGUCGGCCGUAUCAGCUUGGACUCUAGAGUCAUGCCGGGCGCAGCAACACUACCCCGGGUUAAUCUCAUUUUGGGGUGGAUUAAUGACAGAGGCCGUCAAUGGCAUGCUGGAUCACACGAAAUCGGGCAGAAGGGCUGUUCAGAGAGAUCACGACCAAGAUCUUCUUCAGAAGCUUCUGCCUAUCCUGAGCGAGACUUUGAUGAUGAAGAAGGUCCCUGGCCUUCAGAUAGCAAGCUAUAUGGUCAUAUCGGUCUAUGCUUCGAAGGGUGGCUUGGAGGAUGCAGUGCUGCUGGAGCUCAUGCAUCAAUUAGUAUUGGGCUGGUCGACCGAGACCGUGAGACCUGGCCUGGUCUGUCUUUCUAUCUUGGCACAGUGCCGAUCUGCUAAGCAGCUCUCAUGGAGGGUGGCCAAGUCACUGGUCAAGGUGCAAGACUUGGACGUCCUGUUGCAGGAACUGCAGAAGGAGCACCGAGUUGACAAAUUGGCCAACGGCCUCGCCAUUGCUCUGAUUGAAAGACUCACAAAGAAAGGCGAAGUCCGUGGCCUCUCAUUGAUCAAGACAAUCCUGUUGUCGCAAAUGCUCAGCGAAAAGCAAUCAUCGGUUAUUAUUCGAUCCUUGCUCGUGGCAGGACACAAAAUCUCCGACGAGAUCGACGAGGAGGGCGAAGCCCGGAAACAAUUAGGGCAGGUGAUUGUGGCGCUCUCGCAGGCACCCGAGGAGGCUGGAGAACUGUUUCGCAGAGUCAUCGAGGAGGCUGAGUUCGACAUUGACGAGUUGGAGCUCAAGCUCAAGGCCUCUAUUCGCCCAAAGAAAGCGGUCAAGUCCAACGGGGAGGGGACCAAAGCAUCGGAUGACGACGCGGAAGCCGCUCUGGCAGAAGAAUUGGAUCUGGAUGCCGGCCUUAGCCGACUGUCGAAGCAUAAGAAGCCUCCAGCUCGCACCUGCUUGUCAAGCGACUCAGAUCCCAUUUUCGAAGAGCUCUGUCAGAUUUUUAUCUCCGCAGCCUCUGACAGGUCGGCUCUCUUGAAACUGGAUGAGGCUCCGAUUCUCGACAGCGAGUCCGCGCCAUCUGAUUGCUUUUAUUUCUCUUUCUACAUGCGCAUAUGGCUUGGCCCAUACCCAAUUCUGGCUCGAGCACGGGCGCUUGAGAUGGCCAAGAAUCGAUUGCAACAGCCAGACUGUUCAAAGGCCGAUUUCCAAGCACUUCAGCCGUACUGCAUUGCCGCCUUGGGUGACCCAGCCAAGAAGGUUCGUCGUGCAGCAGCUGAGUUACUUGCCGUCCUCAAAACGAACAACAGCGACGCAGGGUCACGCAAAAAGAGCGACACACCAUGGGGCUCCCAAGCGUUAUACAAGACAGGCCAAGACCCCAAGUGGAUGACACCUGAGGCCAGCCGUAUCCUUCUCGAAGAUGUCCUCAUUCCUGCCUUAGAGGAGGCCAUUAUGCACGAGGACCACAUCACCGCUACCAUAAAAGAGGCACUCGAAAGUUCGAGCAAGUCCUCCACAGACAAAGAGACCUCGAAAAAGGGCCACAUUUCUUCGAGCGUCCGCGCUGCCAUAUUCAGCUUUCUGGCAUCGCACGUUGUGGAGUCUCCCUCGUUGAACCUCAGCUUCAGACUCCUCAAAGCAUUGAACCAAGUGCAGAAAGUGGGAAGCACUUCCCGAACACAGCUCCUUCUGCCCUCGUUGCAGUGGUGGUCAAGUCUUGGACGUGACGAAGCUCUUGGCCUGCUCAGUAAGGAGGGGUUGGAAAACGUGAAUAUCACUCCUAGCUUCGUGGAUGUUGUUGUGCCAAACGAUUCUACUGGGCUCGAAUGCCUCUUCGGCAUUGUGGAAGGCAACCGAGCAGAGGAGCGUCGGGAUCUUGUGGUUUGCGUCUUCUCGAGAAUACGUAAGAUGUGGCCAUCUAUGAAGGACAGAACCAAGAAGGAGGUCGCCCACAAGGCUCUGGAUCUCUCGCAAAGGGAUGGCACUGUCGCGGAAGAAGCCUUAGAGCUACUCAGGAAUGUACCCCUGACCACAGAGAUCCUUCUCGACUUCCUCGGGUCUCUGCAAGAUGUCACACAACUUGCAGUAGAGCCACCUACUAGCAAGCGCCGAAGGACCAGCUCAUCGGAACACCACCGGUCGAUCGAUACUCACCAUUCCCCGGAGCUCGCCGCGGCAUUGAGCAAAGUCACUACUGUUUUGAACCUGGUCGAAUCUUCAACCCCUGCCCAGCAUCCUGAGCUGCUUCAGAGCCUAUUCAUGGUAUUAUCGGAGCUUCAAACAUUCAGGACCCUCAUAGGAUCCGAACUGGGCUAUCUCCAGAACCUGGUUCUGAGUAGCUUACUAGCUAUGAUGCCCACGUACCGCGAUGACAAGAACCUGAAGAUUGACACGUCGGUUGGGCACGGAGAUGUGUUGGUUUCAUGCAUCCAGAAGUCUUCGAGCCCAGCUGUGCAGAAUUCUGCGCUCCUUCUGGUUGCAAGCCUAGCCAAGACUGCUCCUGAUGUUGUCCUGCACAGCGUCAUGCCGAUCUUCACUUUCAUGGGCAGCUCGGUGCUCCGGCAAAGUGACGACUACUCCGCCCACGUUAUCAACCAGACCAUUCGAGAGGUGAUACCGCCGCUGAUUGAUACCUUCCGCAAGGGAAGAAGACACCUCGUCGCCAGUGCAUCAGAGCUUUUGGCGAGUUUCGUCAUUGCCUAUGAGCACAUUCCCUCCCACAGAAGACAGGGCCUCUUCAUUUCCCUAGUCGAGAAUCUUGGGCCUCAAGACUUCCUCUUUGCGCUAGUGGCCAUGUUCGUCGACAAGUAUGGGACAUCCGAUAACAUCCAGACAUUCACCGCCGAUCUCAUGAACCACUUCAGCGUGGAGAUCCAGCUGCAGACGCUCAUCAAGUUCCUUGAUCUCGUGGCAGACAUGUUCAAGCCGAAGCCGAAUCUGUCCGCGGUCAUGUUCGGGAAGAAGGAGGGAGAUGAAGAGAUCAACAAGACAGCUUUGAAGCAGCUGACUCUUCUGCCACAUCUUUUGGCUAGCAGGUCGCUCAAGCGAGAAGUCGGCAAGCUAGCCGAACGGGAUGACAUGGAGACUGCAAAGAUCCGCGAGCUCUAUGCACAACUCCUCGAGGACGUGCUCACGGUGGCUGACACAGUCAAGACAAGAAAGACUUUGCACGUCCGAUGUGGAGACGCCUUGUCCAACUUGUUGAACCUCCUGUCUGUAGGCGAGUUCAUCAAGUCGGUUGAAACCCUACUCGAUCGGCCAAACGUUGGCCUCCGGCAGAAGGUCCUACGCGCCCUCGAGACACGCGUUGACAAGGAGAAGCAGGGUGAUGUCCAAUCACGAACAGCUCUUCUGGCGUUCUUGCCCCAGCUCACCGCUGUCAUCCGCGACUCCGAUGACAUUCACUACAAGCAUACUGCAGUCACCUGCGUCGACAAGAUUUCCGAGAAGUAUGGCAAGAAGGACCUUGAGGCCGUUGCAGCCGCGGCCGCAACUAUUGCCGGAAAGCAUUGCCUUGGCCAGGAUGACAGGCGUCUCCGGAUUAUGGCUCUGCUUUGCCUCGCCUCACUUGUGGAUGUGCUCCAGGAUGGUAUCGUCCCAGUCUUGCCUACCGCGAUCCCCAAGACUUUGGAGUAUCUGUCGGCCUCACUCGAUGGCGCGGACUGCGAUGAUGAGGUUCACGACGCCUGCUAUGCUCUCAUGACCGCACUGGCUCAGCACCUGCCGUACAUGAUCUCCGGGGCUUACCUUGACCAACUGUUGAUCGUCUCGAACAAGUCCGCCGAGUCUUCCCUGGACGACGAGGUGCAUGAUAACAGAAAGCAAUGUUUGCACUUCCUCGCAAAGCAAUUAGACUCCAAAGUGCUGUUCGGCGCGUUGCAGAAAAAUUGGGCGUCUGCUAUGGACUCGGGCUAUUCGGCCAUGAGCGAAUUCGUUGAGAUCCUCGGAUUGGGUAUCGACAAGCGUUCCAAAUCGGAAGUCGCAAAGAACGUGUCAUCCCUUUCAGCUAUCUUCCUGGCUGCGUUUGACCUUCGUCGUCUUGAAAACGCAAAGUCGCGAACGAACGGGAAGUUGUUGGACGGCCUGGAGGAUUCCAUCAAUGAGGUUGCGUUGAAGAUGAUCUACAAGCUCAACGACGCAGCUUUCAGGCCAGUCUUCACUCAGCUCAUUGAGUGGUCCAGCUCUGGACUUCCCAAGUCGGACAAGCUGGGCAUCACGCUUCGGCAACAAAGCAUUUAUGGCUUCCUGUUCAAGUUCUUCGACAGUCUCAAGUCGAUCGUCACAAGUUACAGCUCGUACGUAGUCGACCAGGCCGCCAAGACGCUUCAAGAGAUGGACAUCAAGGAUGCCAACCAGCGCGAGCUCUGGAGACGGGUCCUCCGGACUCUCACGAAAUCUUUCGAGCACGACCAGGACGACUUCUGGCAAGCACCUUCACACUUCAGCGCCAUCGGCCCCGUGCUAGUUCAGCAGUUCCAGCACGCACCGCACGUAGACCUCGGGGAGGACUUGUCCCCAGCUGUGGUUGAACUCGCGAGCGCGGCUGACUCCCAAGAACAUCAGAAGGAGCUCAACACGGCGCUGCUCAAGCAUAUGCAGUCCCAAACUGCAGCUGUCCGGUUGGCGGCUGUCAAGUGUGAGCAGGCCCUGGUGGACAAGGUCGGAGAGGAGUGGCUGUCCAUGCUGCCUGAGAUGCUACCGUACAUCAGCGAGUUGCAGGACGAUGAGGACGAGGUGGUCGAUAGGGAGACACACAAGUGGAUUGUCAAGAUUGAAGGAGUACUAGGAGAGAGUUUGGAUUCAAUGUUGCAGUAAAGGGAGUGAUAGAAGAGUGGACGGCGGGCAUUGUCUGUCCACAAUAGCAAUUACACGGGCGGAUUACAUCGAUUGCCGGGCACUUGGGACCUGCGAGAUAGAGGUGAACCAUCCGUCAUCAUGUAGAUUUACGGUGCCCGGCUGUUCCGGGAAGAGUGGGUACCAGCGGGAGACCCGUCGGUGGGAAGUUGGGCCUUCCGGAAACUCGCGGAGACGCGCCUGAAGCCCUUGGGUGCCGUAAUUUAAGCCUCAUGACACAUGUCAGCAGCCGCACAUCAGGGCCCGUCCUAAAUUCAAGCCAAAUCCAUUGCG